CUGCCUCACUACCUCCCCGGUGUCAUUUUGAAGUCUGAGCUCCAUGUGGCUACUACUACACCGGCAGGUUUAUCGUCACCGGCGAGGACGGAGAUUAAAGUAAAGAGGGAGGGAAGGAGGGAUAACUAGACUGAAAGAGCGCUGCUUAAUAACCACAUGGGCAGAACAUUUAGUACCAUGGAUAUGAGAUGAGAAGGGCGGGCUUGAAUUAGGUGAAAGAGACGCGCUUUUCCAAUUUACCGACCGACUCGCUGAGGAAAUUAUUAUUAUCGGAUCACAAGAACAUUGUUAUAUAUCGGUUUUCCACGCGCAGAAAUGACAACUGAUCAGGAUUUGCCAAUGGAUCACCAGUCAGCCACAGCCCUAUUUGCUGCAAAGGGCAUUGAUGUAACAACCAAUAAAGACCAAGGAGUUAUCAAGGUUAUAAAGCGUGCAGGGGUAGAUGGAGACAGGCCCAUGAUUGGGGACAGAGUAACAGUUCACUACACUGGGAAACUGGUCACUGGGAAGAAAUUUGAUUGUAGUCGAGAGCGCAAAGAGCCCUUUUGUUUCAAUGUGGGCAAAGGACAAGUCCUCAGGGCUUGGGACAUUGCUGUGUUGUCCAUGCAGAGAGGAGAGGUGUGCACACUGCUGUGCAAACCCGAGUAUGCUUAUGGAGCUGCUGGAAAUCCUGACAAAAUUCCUCCCAGCUCUUCAGUAGUAUUUGAGAUGGAGCUAAUUAAGUUUGAAGGCGAGGUACUUACAGGCGAUGGUGGAAUUGUGAGAAGAAUAAAGGUCAAGGGGGAAGGUUACACUAAUCCCAACGAUGGAUCAAUUGUGAACGUGCACCUGGAGGGAAGGUGUGGUGACCGACUGUUUGACUGCAGGGACGUCAGCUUUAUUGUCGGUCAGGCUGAAGAUAAAAGCAUUCCUCUGGGAGUGGACCGAGCCAUGGACAAGAUGCAGAAAGGAGAGUGCUGUUUACUUUACUUAAAACCAAAGUAUGGUUUUGGAAGCGAAGGCAAACCAGAAUACAAAAUAGGACCAGACAAAGAAAUCGUAUAUGAGAUUACUCUUAAAGACUUCCAAAGGGCUAAAGAUUCCUGGGAAAUGGACUUGAAAGAAAAGCUAGAUCUGUCUGCUGAAGUAAAGAGUAAAGGGAAUCAGUAUUUUAAGGCAGGGCGGUAUUACCAGGCAGUCAUCCAGUACCAGCGCAUCAUUUCGUGGCUAGAGAUAGAGUAUGGUACCGGAGACAUGCAACGGAAGAAGAUACAAGAUUAUAUUCUGACUUCCCACCUUAACUUGGCCUUGUGUUUCCUGCGAUUAAAAGAGUUCACACAAGCAGUGGACAACUGCAACAAGGUCAUUGAGAUUGAUGAAAACAAUGAGAAGGCUUUGUAUCGUCGUGGGGAAGCCUGGCUCUGCCGCAAUGAGUUCAGCCUGGCCUUGGCAGACUUUCAGCAAGUGCUGCAAGUCAACUCAGCAAAUCGAGCAGCUCGUGCUCAGAUUUCCAUUUGUCAAAGCAAGAUUAAGGAACAUCACGAAAAAGACAAAAAGACCUAUGCUAACAUGUUCCAGAAAUUUGCAGAACGGGACGCCAAGACUGGGAAGACAAAGAGAAGGUGGGAUGACAGUGCGAGGACCAGCUUCAAUGGUGAAGUGAGCAUUAAACAACGCCGGAGGAGUCAGGACUGCCCGUCGUAAUGGGGACAUUUGAAAGGGAUAAGAGAAAGCUUCUUUUUGCUUUCCAAGUCCAGGGAGCAGAGGCAAGAAUGAAGAUGAAAAAAAAAGCCUCCAAACCAAACCCUUUUUUUUAUCCCAAAAUCCAGCGUGACCAUUCCUGCAUAUAAAGCAGACUGUAAGCAGGGACAUUUGCAAGCCAAACAGCCUUUCCCCUGUCACAAGGACUAUUGAACUGCCAGAGCGUACCUUCCAGUGGAGACAGAAACAUUGAGUUAAGACUGGCAAACACUUUUAGCCCUCACCUUUUAUCCUGAAAGAAUAUAUUUUUAUUUUCCUCAAAAUGCAAGAAACACAA